CAACGAUGGAAUAUGCGACCACCACGGAAAUGAUGACGACACCAGAUGACAAUAUGACUACCACAGAAAUGAUGACGACACCAGAUGACAAUAUGACAACCACAGAAAUGAUGACGACACCGGAUGCCAAAAUGACCACCACAGAAAUGAUGACGACACCGGAUGCUGACAUGACUACCACAGAAAUGAUGACGACACCAACAGCUACUAUGACCACCACCAAAAUGAUGACGGACACCAGAGGCCAACAUGACUACUACAGAAAUGACGACGACACCAGAAGAUAUCAUGACUACUACAGAAAUGAUGACGACAGCAGAAGAUAUCAUGACUACUACAGAAAUGAUGACGACACCAGAAGAUAACAUGACUACUACAGAAAUGAUGACGACACCAGAAGAUAUCAUGACUACUACAGAAAUGAUGACGACACCAGAAGAUAUCAUGACUACUACAGAAAUGAUGACGACACCAGAAGCGAAAAUGACCACCACACAAACGAUGACGACACCAGAAGCCAACAUGACGACAACGGAAGUGAUGACGACAACAGCGGUUGCCAUGACGACCCCAGAAAGGACGGCACCACCUGUCGCCAAUACAAUGACUACAGAACCAAUGCUGACAAACAUGACCACCAUGAAAAUGACGACUACACCAAAAGUGAACACGACAACCACAGAAAUGAUGACGACAUCCACGCAGGACGUGACGACCCCGCUGACCACCACCACCGAAGUCACCACCUCUAUGAUGACGUCAACCAUAGACUUGACCACUCCAGAGAUGACGUCAGCCAGUAACAACCAAACGACAGUACAACCCACUACAACUCCUAUGGUUACAACUACUGCAGCAGCAGAAACUACAGCAUCAACAUCCACUGCACAAACAACUGAACAGGCCACUCAAGCGGUUACCACAAAUACCACUACAGAUCCUCAAACAACGAUGGCACAGACGACAUCACGAUUAACUACAGAGGCAUCGACGACGAAGAUGUUGACCACAAUAAUGCCUACGACGAAGGCAAUGACUACAAAAGAACCUCCUAAACCGAAAGUCUUCAACGGAGAGUUCCGCAUCACUAGAGGGGUCAACUUCACAGAAGAUCUCAGAAACAAGACCUCUACUGCCUUCAAGAGUCUGGAAAACGAUAUCAAACCACUGCUGGAGGAUGUUUACAGGACUAAGUACCGUGACCAGUUUGAAGAGGUGGUUAUCAAUGAAUUCAGGAACGGCAGCGUGGUGGUUGACUAUAAUGUUGUCCUAACGCCCGACGCCACUGAUGUCACAGCAGAAGACGUGAAGAACACUUUCAAACAGGCACUUAACAACACAACAGGGGACUCACUGCUUGGCGACUUCGUCAUAGACCCUACAUCUGUAACCAUCACUGAGGUUGUGGCACCCACACCAGUUCCUCAACAGUUCGAGCUCCCUCAGUGGGCAAUUAUAGUCAUCAUCGUUGGCGUGGUGGUGCUUUUCUUACUCAUCGUCAUCAUCUUUGCGUUGUGCGUAAGAAGAUCGCGGAAAAACAGCAUGAAAGGUAACCUGUACGCUAUUAGCGAGGACGGCAGGAAAGAGUCUCUACUGUGGAUGCACAAGAAAGACGCUAACGGUUUCCACGGUGGUGUUGUCGGAGACGGAAGGAUAGAUGGAAAGACCACCGCUCAAGAGAUGAGGGAGAUGAGAAGCCAUCCUUCUGAGCUCCCAUUGAACGGUAGCGCUCCAAUCAACGGUUACGGCGAGCACAAUUUCGGCUACCUUUUGAACGCAGAGGACAACGACACAUAUCUCUGAGACAACAGUUCCCACCGAGAUUCUAACGAAAGUCGAACUUUUGUAGCCUGAAAUCCAUAAUUUUCAAGGUCCAGUUUGCUACUAUCUUCCCCUGUUAAAAUAAAUGACACUAUUUAGUAGUAGAUUGGUAGGACAAAAAAAACAAAAAAAAAACCCGGACAUUUUAGACUUCCGGAAAGUAUUUGAUCAUCGACGUCCUGAAUUCCCCCAUGUGGACCUCUGAUACCUGCUGGCUCCCAGCCAUAUUCUGAGACCUUUGGCCUCCUGCCUGUCAAUCUACCCCUACCCACGUGCUGUCAACCUACUACAAUUAAUGGACAAACGGACACACAAACCCACAGCUUAGUCACCCAAAACUAUACUUCCAUAUACUUUCGGAAUAACAGGGAAACGUAGAGAGUAGCAAACCGGAUCCUGAAUAACAUGGGAUUCCAGGCUAAAACCUUUAAGUGCACUACAGUACUUGUGACAUGCUGCUGAAGACUUAUUUGACACCCCCCACGAGAGAUUGGUUUAACCUACUUUUUCAGUAUCGGAAUUUGUCAGAAGGUUCUAUUUUGAGUUUUAUAGGGGUGUUUUUGUCACAAUGUGAUUUUUUUAAUUUAACCCUGGGAGGUACAGUAGUCACCUCCAAAUGUACAGUGUAUUAUGUUAUAUGGAGGUUAUCCUUAGUAUAUGUUGUUAUAAGUAUGAUAUUAUGAUAAAGAUAAAUAUAUACUAGUCAAAGUUUUUUCCCAAGUAUCUAAAAUCAAGGAUAUAGAAUUUAGCAAUAUUUAUAUACAGAUAUUACAAACCAUGUUAUUUUGGAUAUUUCUCUAAGACUUGCUAACUACAAAAGAUCAUCAAACUAACGUUGUUACAAAAAAAACUUUUGAGCUGGACUCAUUCAUGUAUGAACACAAGAAUUUUCAUUAUUUUAGCACUCCUAACACACUUCACGCAUAUGCAGUACAUUCUGCUGAUGUGGUAUCCUAAAGUAGAAUGGAUUCCAGAAUACUAAUAAGGCCAUGUUGAUUUGAUUAUAUGGAUAACAUCCGCGCGCGCAUGAAUUUUCGGCCACC